AAUAAGACAUGUGGUCGAGGGCACGGCGUUUCGGCCAGCCUUUCAGACCGGAUUUUCAAGGGCUUAUCUUCCCUUCCGUCUCUUUUGCGGACAGGCUGAACUGCUCUCUACCGUCUGUUGUGUCGGUAUGCUGAGCGCACCAGACUGUCGCGUCGGUCCGUCGGACGGAAUCGGAUCUGACGAUGAUCUGGCCCAGAGUCUGGCCAACUGGACCGAGGUGUACCGAGCGUCGCAUCUUCGCCACUGGCUGUACCCGGGGUCAGGCGUUUCCUCGGCUGGCCGAGAU